CUUUCCUUCCCCGCAAUACUUAUUCUUUCUGACCCUUUACUUUCGCCGGCCAUCGACGCUCCGAUUCAUCUCAGUUCUGGCCUGACGCCUGAUUUUUGUCAAGGCUACGCGAUCGGGAUCCAUCCAGGCUGCCGUUAUUGGAGGCAGUCCCUCCGCUCCCAUCAAGCGGCCCCCAAGAACAACGGCACCGCUAAACACGCCGGGGGCACAUGCGCCAGUAAAACCCACGGCGAAGUUGCCUGGCCACCUAGUGCCAACACCGUUUUCUCAUCCUCACGAGAGGUCUGAUCUGCCGGACAGUCGACGUCGCCUCGUGUCUACGACAAAUGAGAUCGGCCAACGAUAGCCUCAAGGACUCUGUAACAUCCCAGCAUUACCUACCUGUCUUCCGUCGUCGCGAUGGAGAAUCUCAGAGCGAUGUUCGUAAAGCCUGACCCUAAGGCACAGCUCCGAAAAUGUAACGCACUCAUCCGGUCCGACGCCCGCAAACUAGACCGCGAUAUCGUGCACAUGAAGCAACAGGAAGCCAGGGCGAGGAACCUGAUCCUGGAGGCGGACAAGCGAGCGGCGCGGGACCCUCAGCGACAGGCGCAGGCGCGCCGGGACGUGCGAGUCUUCGCGCAGGAGCUGAUCCGGUGCCGCAAGAUGUCAACCCGCCUGGUGACGUCCAAGGCGCAGCUCAGCAGCGUUCAGAUGCAGGUUAACGAGGCUUUCGCGCUCCAAGGAAUCGAAGGCAGCAUACGCGUCGCCGUCGGCGUUAUGCGCGACGUUAACUUGCUCAUCCGCGUACCCCAGCUAGCAGGCACGAUGCAGGAGCUCUCUAAGGAACUUACGAAGGCGGGCAUCAUCGAGGAGAUGGUCGGAGAGAAUUUGCCUGACGAUAGCCUCGCCGAGUUCGAGGAGGAGACUGCCGAGGAGGAGGUUGACAAGGUGCUAAGGGAAAUCCUCGAAGAGCGUAUAGCUACUACCGGGAAGCUGUCUAAUACCGCCCUGACCGCUCCAGAACCCGUCGCUGCAACCACCCAGGAGAAGGAGGAGGAAGACACCGAGGCGAUGAUGGGCCAGAUGCGAAAUAGGCUAGAAGCCUUAAGAAGCUAGACUCUUUAACGGUUGAUUUUCUACGCUUUUAUAUUUCUCUUCGGCCUUUGUUUUGAUAUCGAAUGUAUUUUCCCGGUGUAUGUGGUAUGAGGCAUUGACAACAUGGAGGAAGUAGGUGCCUUCCCAGGAUACAUUACUGUGCACGUCGGACAA